AAAAAGAACAUGACCAAGUAGUCCAAAACACUCUUUAUAAAAUGUACCCAAAUGCAGUUGUUUGUAGCGAACUAAUAAAUACCAGACAAAUCGCUCAACUAUUUCAAGAAUCUGAAGAGCAAGCCUUAAAGGAAGAAAUAAAAAAAAUUGAGCAAGAAAUAGAUCAAACACUUACUGAUGAACUUAGAAAUUUAGUGAGUGAUUUUAUUCAGGCUAGGAAAAAGAUGGUAAAAAGUGAGAGUUAUGAAGAGGCAAAAAAAGAGUCCGAAAAACUAGAAGACCAGUUAUUAGAUGAAAAAGGUCUUAUGGAAGAAAAUAUAGAAAAAAUUAUUGACUACUGUAAAAGAUUAGCAGUAGAACAAGAAAAAUUACAAGCAAAUGUUGAAAUUAAUACUAACAAAUAA